AUGGAGCGGCAGAUGGGAUCACGAAGUGGCCACGCGAUGGAAUCCCAGCGCUUGGUCAGAGCUGGUACGCCCACCCUGCGUCGCCUUCCGUCCCCUCCUGAUGUCGACGACGAACUUGAUCACGAUCUCAGCGAUACCCCGAAGAAGUCGACAACGCGACGGAGGAGAUUUCCCACAGAGCUGGUUCAGAUCGCUGACGUGAUCGCUCUCCCGUGGUUUGGAUGGUUUUUCGUCUACGCCUUCACACUCUUCUGCUUCUCCGUGAGUCGAGGCGUCGUCCUCAAGUCACUAGCGACGAUGUACGGCAGUCCUCGAGACUAUACCGCAAGUUUCAAGGCUGCCGCACUGGGUCUUGGCACCUUGGAGGACUUCGUCUGCACGACCUACUUAGCGUGUGCGCUGUGGCUGUUCGACACCUUAAAACUCACGGCCAUCGAGCGCUUCAGCUCUCAAGUCCACGCGUUGGUCGUGCGAGUCGUCGGGAACAUCGCAACGUUCACAGUGUCGUGGAUCCUCUUCGUCCUUGUGGUGGCACCGUUUGCAGCCGACAUGCUGCUGGUGCUCAACCGCGAUAUGCGAUUCACGCUGGACCUCGUGGCCACUCUAAUCCGAGAAAGACACCAUCUCGGCCACGCCCCGAUAUCGAGCGAGGAGUUCCAGCGAGCCUACACAGUGGGAGGUCUGCUGGUCACUGCGGCGACGGUUUUUGCGCUGAUCCGGACCUGGGCUGGCUGGGCCGACUUGACUCUCUGGAACCCGACACACAUGGUAGUACUCUCUGGGGAGCGCGCGGUAACAGGGAAGGUCUUCAAACGUGCAAAAUACAAAGAGCUCGCUCUAGAAGAAGGUCAAGAAGGCGCCACUGUGCAAGAGGAGCAGUUGUCUUCUGUGACCGACAGCCAACCGUACGGAAAAGUCCUUUUCAACCGUGUGAUCCAGGCCACUGCACUUCUAGUUGCUCUCGUCGUUGCGCCAAUGAUUGUGGUGGCUGUGCGUUGCGCCAGCUCACCGCUGGUGGCGUACUCGGCGUUGAACGCGACUCUGAACGAGCUUUUCGGCCACGCUUUACAGCCGGGAGCCACCGAGUCGACGUUCUCGAAUGAUAGCGACCUGCCUUGGAUGGAGAUGUACAUCCACCCGACAGAGAGACACAAACUGUACGGCAACGACUCGCUGUACCGCCGCACCACGGGGUUCCGCGGAGACCUCGCUUUCGACGUCGACAUCUCGAAGGACAAUCCGCCCAACGUCCUCGUUCUGGGCGUCGAGUCUUUCCGCUUCCGGGAUUCACGGUACUUUGUCGGAGAGAACGACCCGUCCAACGUGUUCAAGGGCACGCAACUCACUGUUACGCCGAACUUCGACAGGUGGGCGAAGCGUGGCGUGGCUAUCCGCAAUCUCUGGACGAGCAACCCGACUAGUCGAUCUCUAGAGAGCGCGUUAUUCGCCCAGAUCCCGUACGACAGCGCCGUGAAGACUGGAAUCACUGGCGGCAGGGAGGACACAGAGCUGUCUGGCGUGCCGCAGCUCUUCUUGUCCAAGGGAUACGAGACCUACUUCACUACUGGCUCUUCUAUCGACCUCGACAACUGGAACGUCUUCCUCCCUUCACACGGCUACGAGACUGUGUGGGACAACAACAAGAUCAAGGAGCUGGCGGAAAACCAUCUGAAUAUUUCCCACGAAGACUGGAAUGGCGUCGCCCGCCGAGGCUUCCAAUGGGGCGCCCAUGACGACGUGAGUUUCCAGAUUCUCGGAGAUCUACUCGUCAACAAGACACGCAACCAAACGGAGCAGGUGUGGAACGGGAAAAAGAAGACGCCGCUGUUUAUCACGCACUACACGAUCACCAGUCACUCCCCUUACAACUCUGUACCAAAGUGGUACAAUGACUCGAAGAAACCAGACUUCUCGGCUCUCUACGAAGGAGAAAAACACGCCAGUCUGAUCAAACCGUACCUCGAAGCUCGAUACUUCACCGACGUGGAGCUAGGAAAGUUCUUGGACCGCAUGGAUCAAGAGGGUGUUCUAGACAAUACCAUUGUAGUAAUCUACGGCGAUCACGGACAGGCUCCUGAAGGUGACAUCAUCUACACCGAAGAAGAGUCCCUGACGCGAGUGCCGUGCCUCAUUCUAGCAGAAGGGCGACUAGGAAAAUAUGCGGGACUCAAGCUGGAAGACGCCGCGGAGCACUACGACAUUCUCAACACUCUAGCAGAUAUCACAGGGCUUCCUGAAGGAGGGUUCGUUCAAAAUGGCGUCGGCCGCUCACUCAAGCGUAAGGUCACGUUCGGCGAGCGUGCGGUCUUCAGCAAUGUCCCUGGCCACAAGAUGUCCGUAGUGCGUGGUCACUACCGUCUGCGCUACGACGGUAUCACUGACGCAAUGUUCCUGCACAACACCGAGACGGACCAUUGGAUGAACGAGGAUUUACUCCCGGAGCUCCCACCUGAAAAGCUGGCCGAAUGGGAGACCUGGCGCGAUAAUGGACGUCGGAUCUCCGCGUACUAUACAAAGCGGUGGGACGAAAACUGCUUGCUUGCUGUCAAUUGCACUGCAGAACAUUAUGAAGAACACCCGUAGACGAUGACAUGAAAAUAUAUAGUUUCCUUCCCUU